AUGUUUCAAGACCUAAUAGCAGGAGGAACCGAGAGUUCAGCAGUGACAGUGGAAUGGGCAAUUUUAGAGCUACUGAAGAAACCAGAAAUGUUUUCCAAGGCUACGGAAGAACUAGAUAGGGUAAUCGGCAGGGAAAGAUGGGUCGAAGAAAAGGACAUCGUCAACCUACCCUACAUCGAAUCAAUUGCCAAAGAGACUAUGCGUUUGCACCCUGUGGCACCCAUGCUAGUGCCUCGAAUGACCCGUGAAGACUGUCAAAUAGCAGGUUACGACAUCCGCAAGGGCACUAGAGCUCUUGUGAACGUGUGGACCAUCGGGAGAGACCCUACAGUUUGGGACAAUCCAAAUGAGUUUUGCCCCGACAGAUUCCUUGGGAAGGCCAUUGACGUGAAGGGUCAUGAUUUCGAGCUGCUGCUAUUUGGGGCAGGAAGAAGGAUGUGCCCUGGAUAUCCCCUGGGGAUUAAAGUCAUUCAAGCCAGUCUGGCUAAUCUUUUGCAUGGAUUUACUUGA